GAGUAAGUCUUUGUUGAUCAUCGCGCAACGUCGUCUGCACAAACAAGUUUUUUUUUCUUUGUCUCUUUUGUAUUUAUCAAAUCACUAAACCACGCAAGUUGUUAUUAAUUUUGAUAAAAAACGCAUGCAAACCUUUAUCUCUGUUUUUGUUUUGUCGGGAAUCACGAGUAUCAUGCAGGUCAUGUUGCUCGCGAUUUGGUCGGCAGUCAUAUUGGCCGCCGUGGUGCUCUACUUCCGUCAGUUGUACAGCAGGUUCAGUAGAUAUGGAGUCAAGUAUUUCAAGCCGAUACCAAUUGUUGGUAACAUGGCUCGUAUUUUACUACGCAUGAGCCAUUUCUCAGACGAUACGCAAAGACUUUACAAUGCCUUUCCUGAAGAGAGGUUUGUAGGAAGGUUUGAAUUUCUGAAUCCCAUGGUGAUGAUCAGAGACAUAGAACUAAUAAAGAAGAUAACGGUGAAGGAUUUCGAAUACUUUCUAGACCAUCACUCUUUUGUUAACGAGAAUGCUGAUCCUUUCUUUGGACGAAACCUGUUCUCAUUGAAAGGCGAUGAAUGGAAAGAUAUGCGAUCGACACUAAGCCCUGCAUUCACGAGCUCUAAGAUGCGUUCUAUGGUUCCAUUUAUGGUGGAAGUUGGGGAACAAAUGAUAAAAUCACUUAAGAAAGAAAUUCAGAGUUCCUCAGGUGAAUACAUUGACGUGGACGGUAAGGAUCUGACGACGAGAUAUGCAAACGAUGUUAUCGCUUCCUGUGCUUUUGGACUGAAAGUAGACUCAAUUAGCGAUAAAAGCAACCUAUUCUAUAAGAUGGGCAAAAUUACUGCAACCUUCAAUUUCAAGCAGUUGCUAAAAAUUUUUGCGAUGACUUAUUUUCCUACUGUUACUAAGAUCCUACGUCUAUAUCUGUUCGAAAAAUCGGCGAAAGAUUUUUUCUGGAAUUUGGUGAUUAAUACAAUGAACGAACGUGAAGCUAAGCAAAUUGUCAGACCUGACAUGAUUCACCUUCUGAUGGAGGCUAACAAGGGUCGAUUAACUCAUGAAGACAAAGGUGCUAUCGAUAUGGAUGCUGGAUUCGCAACUGUCGAAGAAUCUUCUGUAGGAAAAAAGAACAUAUAUCGUGUAUGGACUGAAAACGACAUAGUGGCUCAGGCAGUGUUGUUCUUUAUUGCCGGUUUUGAUACUAUUUCUUCUGCUAUGUCCUUCGCGCUUCACGAAAUAGCUAUGCACCCCGAAGUCCAGCAGCGUUUGUACGAAGAGAUCAAGGAAGAUAACGAAAAAAACCGUGGAUCUUUAAAUUACAAUUCCAUACAGAAUCUGAACUAUUUGGACAUGGUUGUUUCAGAGGUGCUUCGAAUGUGGCCUCCAGCUGUUGCAUUGGAUAGACUUUGUACCAAAGAUUACAACUUAGAAAAACCACACAAACAAGCCACGCAAGAUUACAUAGUUCAUAAAGGUGAAUCGGUUAUGAUUCCCGUGUGGGCGAUUCACCACGAUCCUAAAUACUACCCAGACCCGGAGAAAUUCGAUCCGGAGCGAUUCUCCGAAGAGAACAAACACCUUAUCAAACCGUUUACCUAUCUUCCAUUUGGUCUUGGCCCUAGGAAUUGUAUAGGUUCAAGGUUUGCGUUAUGCGAGGUGAAGAUAAUGCUGUAUCAGCUUCUCCUACACAUGGAGUUAUCACCUUGCGAGAAGACCUGCAUACCAGCGAAACUCUCCACGGGUACUUUCAACGUUACCAUGCAAGGCGGACACUGGUUCAAAAUGCGAUGUAGAAAAUCAAUAGAAUAGAUUAGAGUUAGAUUUGUUUGUACAGAAAACACUAAAAAAUGUGAAAUAAUAACUUAAACAUAAUAAUGCGAUGGAACUAAUUUUGCGGAUUUUAUAACGGGUUGUAAAAUAAACGAUCAAAUCCGUAAAAAAUACCGUAAAAUAUUUUUAUUAAGCCUUAUAGUAUACAACCAAUGACGUGCCAAAUUAAACAGUCCGCACUCGGCAUGGUGUUGCGGAUUUAACCAUAACGAUGAUGUUCAGUAAAUAUACACCUAGUUGCAUUGAGCACUCCUUUGUUAUAAACAGAAUUAUAUAUAGAAAUCUGUGUAUACGUAUUAAAAAGUCUGUGUGAAAUAUCGAAAUAAUUUUUCAACUAUUAAUCGAUUACUCAAAAAAAAACCAAAUUUUCGGAUAAAAUAUACACAGCGUAAAUCCCUCCUGGAACUAUUUUCUAUUUGUUCGUCAAGUUUUAUCACAAUCGACUUAGCCAUUCCGAAGAUUAGCCCAAACAGACAGACAGACAAAAAUGUUAAAAAUGGCAAGUUUUGUUUUAAUAGCGUGCAAAUAAAACCCAGAGCUGUAUUGAAGUCACUUAUUUAAGUGUUACAGAUAGACACUUCAACUUUAUUUAUAUGUAUAAAUUUCACAGCACGCUAACAAUCUAAAUUCAAUCCCCACCAGAACCAAAAAAAAUUAUUUUCAAUUUCACGUGGCGAUUAACGGUCGACGACGAUGACGAACUUCGAAGUUAAAUGCUUACAUUUUACAGAACAGUUAUAGUAAGAAUAAGGUAUUUUUUAAAUAUACUCGUACUGGUUUUAAUAAAAAUGUAAAAAUAGUUAUAGCAUUGUUUUAAAUAACUAUCACAUUGACUUCCUUGACGAUUACUAUAACAUAUGCCGUGGGAGAGAUUUUAGUUUUGAAGAAUUUCACUUCCUUUCAAGUGAUGUUUUCUAAUUCAAGUAAACGAUCUCUUAGAUUUUAAAGAGGUACCCUUGAAUGCAGUAUGUGAUACGCCAAAAAAGUUACACAUUCAAACCCUAUAAUAAUAACUCAACAACUCUUUUAUUUUUUUAUAAAAAUUGGCAAACGAGUAUGUGCCUCACCUGAUGAUAAGUGACUACCGCUGCCAACUGUGAUAGGUACCCAG